AUGAACGAUUACGAAAGACAACGUCUUGAAAACAUUGAAAGUAAUAAGCGCAUUUUGCGUGAACUUGGUCUGGAGAGACCACCGCAACCAAUUCAACCCUUUAAUAAUGUUCUCCGUAAGACUAAGAGAAAAAUAGCGACAAAAAAAAUAAGGAGAAUUGAAAUAUCCAACUUGCCCCGAGCGAACAUUGAGGGUAGUUCCUUCACAGGAGGGUUGAGAAGAUCUAGGAGAAUUAAAAAUCAGCCCAUAUCUUAUAGAGAGGAUUCAUGUCUUGGCGACGACGAUGAUAAAGCCGCAACUGGUGUUUAUGUACGUGAUCCGAGGUGGAGGGAAAAGCGGCCGGAUCCAAAAAAUUUCGGACAUAUUCCAGGAAUUGAAGUUGGUGCGUGGUGGGCCACACGUAUGGAAUGCUGUCACGCUGGGGUCCAUGCUCCCACGGUGGCUGGAAUCGCCUUCAUUGAGACUGAGGGUGCGAUUAGUGUCGCAUUAUCUGGGGGAUAUGAAGAUGAUGUUGAUUGGGGUGAAGCAUUUACGUACACAGGCUCUGGAGGUCGAGACCUUAAGGGAACGAGAGCAAAUCCUAAAAAUCUUCGGACAGCUCCUCAGUCGAAGGAUCAGGAAUUAAGUGGUGGUAAUCUUGCGCUGAAGUUGUCUUGUGAAAACGGGAAGCCCGUACGCGUCAUUCGCGGCUACAAACUAGCUAAUCAAUAUGCUCCAAAAGAAGGUUAUCGCUAUGACGGCCUGUACAAAGUAGAAAGAUGGUGGGAAGAAACGGGAUUGGCGGGCUUUAAAGUAUAUAAAUAUGCAUUUAAGAGGCUACCCGAUCAGCCACCACUGGGUACUUGCAUCCAUUCAUUUUCAGAAUCAGAGGAAGAUGAUGAGGAAAUUGUUGAUAAUGAUGAAGAGAAU